AUGGGCCACAGUAGAAUUUUCAAUCUGUCUUGUCUUCUGAUCACAAUUAGUGGAUUUCUGGCCCGCGGUGAUGAUAACAGAACUGUCUCCAAACGUGCUGUCGUUCCCCCCUUGAAUCACCAGGCAAUUGGCUCCGGUGUGUGGUUCAAUAAAGAACGCACAUACCCCCAGUGUUCUGCUCUGACGUACCAGGAAAUGGACUGCGCCAAUUUUAGCCUCUCCCAACCCCCAGUGGACAAGUCACACUUCUGGCGCCCAGACUGUGGCCUUCUCAUGCAGCGGCUCAUGUGCGCUCUGUACAAAAUUAACUGUCCCACAAUAGGCCAAAGAUCUUUUCAGGUAAGAACAUUUUCUAUAUCUCAUCGGUACGCCUGAUAACAGGCUACUUUUGUGCCUGAAUUUUGUGCGGGAGAAUUGGCUGUAAAGUAAAGGAAGCAGGAAUUGUGCGCCCAACCUUCAGUCCCAUGUUACCAGGUACUUUAAUGACAUCUACGCCAUUUCGCUCCCCAGAGCUAGGCAUUUCAGACCGUCUUCUGAGUUACAAGAAGCUAUUAUUCAGGGGAAAUGAGAAUAUCUUGAAAAAGUUAUAAUCCAAGAAAGAGCAGAUACUUAUUAUAACUAGACAUUAAUGUGACGUAAGACCCAGACGAACGCCAGACUGCCCGAUGGCGCCGAUAUUUAAGGUCGUCAAACAAAUUUUGGAACCUGCUAUUCAAUGACUAGCUAAGAUUCCCCAAGGACGUAUCCUUCUGCAGUAUCUAUCCAAAGAUCUGUGGAAAAUAAAUUAUAUACAGAUUUUUAUGGUAGCACUUUCAGACUCACAGCCUUAUUUGUCUUUUGCUAAAUAUAAAUACAUAGGAGGUCACGUUUUUUGGAGUAAAACGUGCUUUAAAAUCAUAUUUUGGGCCUUCAUAGUCGGAAAAAUUCCUUUUCUAUGUGCAGACCAAAGCGAGCCUACUAUUGUAUGUGCACCACAGACAAGUGGGAUAGACAGGACCCUGAAGCCCUGCAAACUACUGACCCAAUAGUGAAUUUUUGCAUUAGGGCGUUUACAUUUAGUUCGCCACUGGCCAAAGUAUUACUGCCCAAGCAGUUUCGAGAUCUCUAAACAGCCUACUCAACGGAAUCCUCGUUAUGCUGGAGACCAUGAAAUAGUUGAGGGAAAUCCAAUAAUAGAAGCAACAGUUCUAGAACAUCAUCUAUAAGAACUCCUCCCUAGUUCUCGGGAAAGUGGGAGAAAAAAGCCCGCCUCGGAUUCACGAUUACGAUUACUAUAAACCUAAAGUUAGGUAUUUAGUGAAACUGAUUACUUAGUCUGGUUUUCGCUGUUCACAACCGUCUAUCUUCUCCGAUAAAAGAACUCGGGAAAGCUAUGAGAGAAGAGGGUGCUGAUAUGUCAGGAAUAGAUAGGAUCAGAGAGGUUUUUAAGGAAGCCUUCACACACGUAAUCAAGUUGGUGCUGAGAAUGCUAGUGCUCAUUCAUUUCGCAGCAUUAUUAGAAGAUUCUAUGAAUGCGUACGCUAAGGAAAAAAGAUAUUCGGGAACGGGUUGGAUGGUAUCCAAUCUCUAGAACGAAUGCCAGCUGCUUUUGCUGUUCCUGGCGUCGCUGAAGACCAGCUAUUUGUUCACUCGAGCAAAGUCCCCAUCAUCCCUCUAAGAAGGACUGUAGCUCGCCGUCAAAGCUGUCAUUCGACAUGACAGCGCUGUUUCACCAAACUUCUCGAAUUAUGAACCAGACGUCUUUCUGUCCAGACCAAUCCAUAAAUAAGAGGUUCUAGGUGGGAAAAGGCUAUUAUUUUGUGAUCUAACUUAUCGUAUGUACACUGUCCUUCUUACAGACCAUUCUAGCAAACGCGAUCUCCCAAGAUCAGACAUUAUAGCUUACCAUUAAAGACUGCAGUAGCAAGAGUACCCAUCACUGGCUGCAAGCGGAUAGAUGGAAAGCAAUCCAAAGCCGACCGACUGUUCCAUUGGGAUGAGGCUCUGUAUUCAGUCGACUAGCCAGCGGUUGUAGAAAAUGAAAUAUCUCCCACAACUCACAUGCAGUGACCUGUGUCUUCUGCAUAAGUGCCUCCAAACGACGCAACAUAGCACUGACAUUCGCUUCUAUUAGACUACAGUAGAGGACAUUAUACAAGAAAUCUGCGAAUCCUGCUUCCUUUACGUCGCUGACUGAGAAACCCUCAUACAGUUUGACCAUGGAUACUUUCAGAAUAUGUAGCGGCUUCAGUUAGCAGUCAAGACCCUGAAGUUGGAAAUUCAGGAUCCGUGAUUCUGUUCAAACUCACGAUGUUAGAGGCAUCUGUAUAUGUGUACAGUUGGAUCUGUCGGGGCGAUUGGUUCCGGAAGUACAUGUUAUACAUAAAUGAAAUGACAACUAGGCGUCGCCUUGAAGUAGUCGGCGCCUCAAUUUGACCUGGGAUCUUCAAGACUGCCCUCCUGAAGAUCGGUUUGGAGACGGCAUGGGAAUUGGCAGAAGCAUUCCACUGGCAAUGGGUAGGGUGAGAACGAUUGCGCACACGGCAGUAGUUUGGACUAGUGAACAAAUGUCAGAAACGGUAUAUCCGACAAUGUUCGAAAUCACCCACGAGUAAAACGUAAACCCAUAUCAAGUCCUUACCUUGCUUUGGUUUUUGACACGCUAGUGAAAACGCGAUUUUCGGUAAGAGAAGGAUGGGUUUGUCUGGUCGGACUGGGUUCGAAGCUGCCAUCACAUUAACGUAGGCUGGCAAACCUGGCACAUGAGCUCGUGCUAAGGUGAGGGAGGAGUGUAAUAUGAUUAGUGGGUUAUUUUCCCCUUAUCUUUGCCAGGCACAUUUGCAUGACGCCAUGUCCUGGGUAGCAUUACAGCCACAUUUUGGCACUGAAAUGGAAUUUAACGCAAAAAUACUCCUGCCUAAACAUUUGGUCGAAAAUUAUGAGAGAUCGACGAUCCCUUUUAGAAGCGUUCCCAAGGGAGAAAUAGUAUGGUAGUGAGGUGUGAAAGCUGACUGACAAGCAACACAAUUUCAAAUCAGUUUAUGAAUGAUAACAUGCUGACUCCUGGUUGGCCUCCUUUCCGUUUGAAUGUGCAUGCGAGACAGAAAAAUUGCCAUAUAAUAGCUACAUAUUUGUGUCAAUUGAUUUUGAACAUCUUUGUAGGGCCAGUCAUAUUUCUACUAGAAAAGAUGUAUAGAAAGCUAAUUUCUUUUACUCGGUUUUUGGCUGCCUCUUCACAAAAGCUGGCAAUCGAAAGGAAACUCCACUUUGGUCCGCCAACGUUUAGUAAUUUAUUUAUAUUUCGAAGCACUACCAGAAUUUAUGCGCACUUUUAAGUUUUCUAAAUGAAAUGCCACGUGUUCUUCUUGGGACAAAUUAAAGCAUCUUUGAUAUUAAAGUUAAGUGACUUGGCUGUGAUCCUAACAUGCGAUCGUGGUUUGGAUCGCGAUGCGCAUUUUGUGAGUACCAUACGUAAAUCCAAGAACAAUAGGCUGCAUGAGAUAUCGUGCGAGCGUUCCAAAAUUGAUCAGAAGCGCGCGAUUUUUUAUCAGUAAGAAUGCCCUCUUUUCGCACAUGAAAUGUAAAGAAGGCAUGUAUACUCCGAAAAAUAUGUAAGAAAAGGAUUUCUUGUACGUCAUUUCUAAUAAAGGAGGUCGAAUACGUUGAAAAAUUACACAUCAUAUUUCUAGCUGCCUUGGUCUGGUUGAAAAGAGAUUCAAUAGAAGCCCAACAUACUCUUGCCUAUGAAUGGAUCUGACAUAGUGCCCCAGUACAUCGGUUUUUCUAAGCAAGAAAAGGAAUUAUUUUUCAUUUAAAAGCCUAAAAAAGUCUGCCAGAGACUCAUGAAUUCGAGCAUGUACCUUGGUCUACUGAAAUUUCAAACCAACGCCUGGUGGCUAGUGUGGUACAUGUCUUUUUAAAAUUUAUAUCGUUUUCUUAACGAAGAAUAGUUGAAGCACGACCGGUUGUGGUGAGAGGAAUGACACCUGGCUAAGUGAUUCAAGCAAUGUGUCAAUGAUUUGAACGAAACAUAAACACGAAACCGUAUUUCGUGCCAUUUGAGUGCUGUUUAGGAUGGAUUCUGAAAUUUUUUUGAAAAGACCAGAUCCAAUUUCUAAUUGUCGUUCACGUGGAGUAGUACCUGCUAGAUGACGCUCUUUUGUAGGGUAACUUCACCGCACUUCCUUUUCAUUUCCGUUCACCCUUAUCUGACAAUAGCUUUUGUUAGGUUUGAAGACGUCCGGUGACAUUUAGAACUUAAACGUUGAAUAAUAAAUCCGUUUGCAUACAUCCUUUACUAUUUAAUAUUUGUUGAACACCAGUCUCCGUCAUGCAAUAGAAAAGGUAGCUAUGCAAUUAGUAACUGCUUCGACUGUUCAGAUGAAUAAUCACCCAGAAAUUUCGGCCAAUAGUUUUACAUCUAAGGGGAAAUGUUCAGUUUAACUUUCGAAGUGAGGGGUCUAAACCGUUAAAUGACCCGCUAAGCGCUGUAAACACUUCAACCGACGGGAUUAUUUGACUGACCCUAACAUACUAGCAGGACCUAGUCACCUGGCAACCAUUAUAGAUGGUGUGCCAGGUGCCCUGUUUUAUUUCUCACCCUAAACAUAGUGGCAUGAACAGUCGACAUAUGUUAAGACUGAGAUGAGCACUGACACGCAUGGGCCCAAAUAAAACCUUUCGGGUUGUUGCGUCCCCCAGGAACAAAAGACUCAGAGAAGCUGCUUGAACACCGAUAGCUUUGGGUGGAAUUAUGUUGUUUACUUAUUAGCAGCGUCCUGGUAGAACUAGCGAGCACAAGGUACCAUUAAUCCAUAAUAGAUUUGCUGUAAAGGAUGCUAUUUCGGACCUCUCUGAUGAGACAUAAACUCCGACGAAAGUCUGCCGUUAUUUAGGCUGAAAAAAGGCAAAAGCGGUGAGCCACGAAGCCUAAGAAACAUCUACGUGAUAUCAAAGAUGGGGGCUGCACACCCCGUUGGCGUUCACCGCCCACGAUACGCCGCGCUCCAUUUCUGAAGACGUUUAGCUCUUGUUCGUCGGGACCAUGGGCUGUACGCUGGCAGUCUCAGGGGUAAUUAGACGAGAGUCCGCAGCUAAUGCGAGUACAAGUGUGAUAAUUUGUCAAAGCGAGCCCCACUUCCCCCGUGGCAAAAUAAGUCCUUCUACGAUUGGUUCAGCGACACCUAUGGGCGUGGGCGUGGUAACGUUUUGCUGGGGCCCGGCACCACGAUGUCAGACACCACGCUGCUUUCGGGAUAUUGCGCAUCUCGCAUAAUUAAUUGUCCAAUUCUAACCUAUGCUCGCUCCUGAGCAGCAGCAGCAGCAGCAGCGGUGGUGGUGGCGCUAGCAACGACUGCGACAGCAUCCAAGCUGGAUUUUCUCCUGCCCUCCGCUAAUGUUCUUGACGUCCUUGGUGUGAGUGAAGCAAGGCAGAGAUAAAGGUACGUAGUGGUCAGACAAAGCCAGUGCUGACGGGGCCUCUGCCUCAGAGAGUGGUAGUUGGAGACCGACGGUGAGGAACCAACAAAGCCCAAAACUGUGAGAACACAAGGCUCCGGUGAAGUGAAUCAACAUCCAACUUACAGUGCAUUGAAUAUCGUUGAGAAGAUUGGUCUAACUAAUAAAGGAUUAGGAAGUUACCGAAUACCCUUACUUUGUUUGUUAAGUUAAAUGUGAAAGCAUUCCUGUAGAAAGUUCUAGGAGGAUAUUCUCCGGGCAAGCAUCAAUCAUUCUCUAAUAAUGUGAGGUUGUUUGGUACCACAAUUAACAUCUAUUCUCUUCUAAACAGAAGAUGGAAUAGGAAGUGUCUUGACUCAAGUUGGGAGAGGGCGAGGAAGCCAACAGGCUUAACUGACUUCUUCAUCAGUCUCACAUGAUUUCAGCAGAAGGGUCUUCUAUUAAAACACUAUAUACAGAUAUUAGACUUCAAUUUAUUAAUAGACUUUUUGUGAUGACAUCAAUGCUCACGAAGCGUCAGCAAACUACCUGCAUUGGUUGUCAACUUGCUAACUUACAGCGAAUCCCCUCCUGCAAGUAGGGGCUUUUUUUACGACGCCGUGGACAAGUUUCUCUGUCUACCGUCCCGGCAUCCCAGUGGAAAUCAGAUGCGUCAGACGGCUAGUUGCGGCAACAGAUUGUGCCAGGUCAGACAAACAACUUCCGCAGCUUUGACACGAAAGCGAUUAGGAUAUUACCUCAUGGCAAAGAGUUGCAAAAAAGCAUUUUUGCCCAAGGUGGUGAAGCUCAGUGGGAUAAGAAAAAGUAGUCUCUCCCCCGUUCUUCUGCUUGAGGGCGGUAGAAGCAAAUAAAGCCUAUUAUUUUCACUGCGGUCGGAAGCCUCAGUUUCUCUACACGCAUCCUUCGCACGGAGUUUUUCUCCAUGAGACGGUGUCUUUUAAGCUGCCAGCUGCUUGAAGGUGUUGGAAAUCUACAUUUAGAGCUAUUACGAACUGCUUACAAUUCAGGUUAUUUGGUAAGCAAUAUGGUCACAUUACUGCCAGCAUCACGGAGGAGGACGUACACCAGUUACGAACGAGCUCAUUGAAGGCGCAUCUAGGCUAUCCGUAAUAUUGACCAAAAGUCUAAAGAAUUUGUCUGUAGUUCAGAUAGAAUACAGAAAUUUCGUACUCUGACCACUUGUUCUGAAACAGACAUAUAAUUCGCAGAAUACUGUGCAAAGUAAAAUGUUAACGGUUUCACGCUACAAACCUCACUUGCAGGACAGACAGUUAAAAUACACAGGUUUUGCGUUUUUCCCUUGCCCGGUAAUGAGUCUUGCUGACUAUUAUGCUAAAAUUGCAAACCAACUGAAUCUUAUUGUGAAUACCUUAAACCCUCCUUCUAGGUCAGGAAAGGAAAACCUUGAGAGCAUUGUUCUAUUUCUUGACAAACUUUUAAAGUUUCAUAAUUUCUUGCAUUCAAUAAGACAGUGAGCAUAUGAUGACAUGUUAAGUCCAACCAUUACAGACUGGGAAUAUGAAAAUCACUCUUAGGAGCACAUAUUUUCUAGUGAGAUGUGCUGCGUAUUUCUCAGGUCGUUGCGGUAAAUGGCAUUUUUGGCAGCAAGAGACAUACACUACUUUAAAGAUCUAAAAAAUACCGAAUACGAGGGUCGAGUCACUGCGCAUUAGACAUUUUCGAUUACAAUUACAGCAGAAGAGAUAUCACACCGGUAACUAAGCUAGUCUCGAGAAUUGUAAAAGGCAGCAUCAGUUUUUUCAUGGUCAUCAGGCAUGUCCAUGUAAUUCAAUAGUCAGGAAACCUGAAGCGAGUUUUGGGGGCUGGCAUUUCGUUGCUGCCACCGGACACCAAUUUUUGGCAGGACUGUUUACAUAUUCCUAUAAUCUGUUUCAAUAUACAGUAUCUGGCCUAUCUCACGAAAUUUUAACUGAAAUUAUGAAAUGUGUUAUCGAUUAGAAAGAAUAACUUAAGUGGGGCUGUUAUAUUGGUCACCAGAUAACAUAAGCCCUAGCUAUUUCAGUUACUCCAGGAUACCCGCCGUUACACGAACUUAUUGUCGACCAUUUGCAAAACCACAAUCAGAAAAGUGCACACCCCACUGGUGUGAUUUAUUUUAUUAUUCUUCGAUGCCCUUAUGCAUUUCACUGUGUUUUACAGUAGAUAUGCACGAAAUAUUCAUGCUUGUAGUCAUUUGGUAGCGAAUUGCGUCUUCUUCUAACCUAAUGCCUAAGACAGGGAAUAUUUCAACCAUAAAAAAGCAUUUUUUAAAAUCCCGAAAAAUUAUGAAUCCAACUUACAGUUGCACUCGCUUUAAGGGUUUCUGGACUACAUGCUGUACACUUCCCGUUUAGGGUAAAUCAUAUAUUUCUGUAUGUUGUUAGGUGAACGUAAUAUAGGUUUCAGAAGAUUUCAAAAUUAUUGUGGACUUUGUUGUACACUCAAUGAACAGCACGAAUAAAUAGGCAGCUACGACGCCGCAUGAAUGAAUCUUUCAGACUUAAAAUAUCUCGCAAUUACAAACUUUUUAGGCUGAGAAAAAUAUUUUUUCAAGUACGAUAGUUAUAGAAUGCGUAAUUUGCUAUCGACUAAAUACGCGAAUGAAUGCAUGUUUCUAACAAAUAUAUCUAAAAUCAUUAGGUUAUCCCAAAUAAGUGGAAAAACCAUACUAAAUAAGUAGUCAUUUUAUACUGGGCAUAAACUUUCCAGGCUGCCGGAGAUCAUUUCAUUCAAAAGCCGACAUCCUGGCGAAAAUAAUGCCUUGGGACUACGCUACACGAUAAUCAAUAUCACGACCCCACCUUGUUAUUCUUUUCAAUCGAAAACAUGUUGUAUGUGGCGAUCCAGCUGCCAUAUACAUAUGUAUACAUGAUGAAGUUCUUACUUUUCCCAAAGAACCUAUUACUUCAAAAUAUGCAUAUAUAUUGGCAAGGGGGCGCUCACCAAUCGCGUAACGAGAAUCACUUAUUCCGUUGUGCCUUGGGGCUCUCUCGAGCCCAACCGGCAGCCGCAGAGCGGUGCGUAAUAUGGACAGAGUAACAUUACUGAAAACGACAAGGGAGACUGGAAUGGCCAUUUCUGGCGUAUUAGCUGGCGUCAGCCAGUCAUACUCCAAAGGAUGGAACACCCGGGGCUCGAUCGUGCGACCUGCUGGUUAGAAGUUCAACAUCCCUAACCGUCCUCGUACUGCCGACUGCGAUUGGGAAUAUACUAUAUUACGCGCCAGUGUGUGGCUGCCGCCUAGGCUCGAGAGAGAACCCCAAGGCACGAAGGGACGAGUGAGUCCUGUACCACGAUCGGCAAACACCCUCCUACUACUGUAUAUUCCCGAUCGCGACCGAGUGGAUAACAAACCCGUGGCUCGGUGUUUAUAGGUGUGGACUUCUAACCAGUAGGUUGCAGGAUCGAACCCCAGAUGUCUUUGUCGGUAAUGCCAUUCUGCCUAUAUCAUGCGCCGCUGUGCGGCUGCUGGUUGGGCUCAAGAGAAAGCCGUUAAGGCACAAGGAACGAGUGAGUUCCGUAUGAACGAUCGGUGGGCGCCCCUACCAUUGUAUAUUUCCGAUCGAAAACCGACAAGGCAACGGGCUCGUGGCCCAGUGUUUAGAGGCGUGACUUCUAAAUAACAGGUCGCGAGUUCGAGCCUCGGGUGUUGCACACUUCGGUUUUGGGUAUGAAUGGCUGACGAGGGCUAAUAAGUCGAAAGUGGACAUUCUAUUCUCCCUUGUCUUUGUCGGUAGUGUUGUUCCAUAUAUAUGUGUGUGAAUUUAAAAACAGGCAUCUCAAGAUUCGUAAUUUGGAAGAAAGGACUUAUUUCUUAUAUUUUCCAAAAUAUAUAAGUGUAAAUAUAUACAUAUGUAGUAAAGGAUGCUCAUCGAUCGCGUUACUUGACGUGCUGGUCCCAUGGAGUCCUGGAGCCCGAUCCGAAACUCCCCAGGCAGUGCCACGGCGACCGGUAAUAUAUGCAGAAGAAGAUAGCUGACAAAGACAAGAGAGACCGAAAUGAGUUUUUCCGGAUUAUUGGACAUCAUCAGACAGCCACGCCAAUCGCCGGACUCAUGGUGCCCGAGGCUCCAUCUUUCGCUCCUCAGUAACUAUUAGUCGAGCGUUUUAACUAUAGCGCCACGGACUUGUUGGCCCAUAGGUUGCUGUCGAGGUAGAAUCUGUGGCAGAGGGCGCUCACCGCGUGACAUGAGCUGCUCAUCCCGCUGUUCUUAGUUCAUAUACCUGGUCUUAACCGACAGUACAACGAGCCCGUAGUUCACUAAUUAGGCCGCUGGACUAAUAACCAAGAAAUGGUAGGGGAUCGAGCCUUAGGUGCUGCGCUUUUAGGGCGGAGUAUGGCUGGCUGAUGACGACUAAGAAGACAAAAAUGGCCACUUCAGUCUCAUUCGUCUUUGCCAGCAAUUUUCUACUGCAAAUAUGUAUAUAUAGUAAAAGAUGGAAUUCCUCCGGAAAUGUAUUGUUUUUAUGGUUCAUAUAUCCAAUUAUAAUAAUUUAUCAUGGGGCAGUCUGUCAGUUUCGUCAGUAGUUGAAAUAUGAACUAAAAUACCUUGCCGAUGGUCAGGUAUUCAUUGCAUGCUUUCCAAAAAGGAGAAUUAGGCAAUUAAAAGUCUUAUUUGCAUGAAACCAAUAAAAAACGAUUAAGCUCAAACAGACAGAGAUCGUCCGAUAUUGCAUUUAUUGAUUUCCUUGUGUGGCAAUGUGCAGGUGAAAACUGCCCGCUCCACCUGCAGAUUAUGCCAGGUCGUCUGGAGAUUGAAGUCAUUUUUCGCUUACUUACACUACUGGAUGACUGCAGCGUUCUCCUUCUGUCCUUACCUCUCACUGUCUAGACAUUUUAAUAGCUCAAUCGGUAGCCUGUUUUUGUUUAUCAAGUGGUUUCUGCACAUAGACAAAUUGCUCACCGACAGAAAAUGCCUUCGGAAUGUGGAGCGUAUAACAACUGCUGUUCGAAGCAACCGCGUGCCUGAUAUAAUUAACCCAAGUUAUGGCUAACUUCUGAUGACUCCACCAAGCAGGUUGUAGUCAACAGUUGCCGCAAAUCAAACCCUGCAUAGUAUUGUUCUGUAAAUCAAAAUUUAACUCUCCUCUCCUCCAUCAAACUGAACAAUUGAGGUGUUCUCUACCAAGCGGCGCGUAUAAUAUAGCUUUUAUCUUCACAGAGCCCAUUCUUAAAAAAGGAGGACAAAUUAUUUAACAUAAAAGGAAGUCUUGUGGUGAAACCAACUGAAAAAUGGCACCUUUAUAGCUGAAGAGGAUAGGAACCGAAAAUGCCGCUGCCGUGGGCCGUUGGCUGUUUAGUCGGGUAUUUGGAGAGAGAGAGAGAGAGAGAGAGGAGUUCGUUCUAUUUUGAAAUCAUAAAUUCAAAAGUUUCAGCAAAAAAUUGGCUAUAUUCACUAUGGGCAGUAAAUAAGUUAAUAGAUUAUUCCCGAGUCAAAAAGUUUGACACAAAAGGCACGAUUAUUAGGAGGACAGUUAAAGUCUUAGCUUCUGUAUUGCUGUCUUCUCACACGUAAGAUAGCGCGCCAAGAAUGGCAAUACAGAAGCUGGAAAAGCUGAUGUGCGACAAGACAUAAGUCGGAAGCUGCGGCGCAUCGGGCGGGAAGACUUCGCAGAAAUAAGAUCAGAAUGCGAGGGAUGGGCAACGUCAUCUAUAAUCCGACCAGCAACUUGCUUGACCGUAUAGAAAUUCCGUUGUAGGAUAGUGUCGACUAAAAAAGGAUAAGAAACCCCAGCGACAGAAGAGAGCAUUCGGAGGACUCGUUUUAAAACUAAAAGACCUUUUUGAGCAAAGCAGGGAAAAUGACAGGAGAGCAGUAUAGGACAAGAGGAAGAAUGCAGGUAUCGAUGAAUAUCGAGACUAAGGGUCGAGGUGUGUGGUAGGAACGUACACAACGAAUGGUAUAAAGAAGUUUACGAACGUUAGUAAAUAGGGACUCAAUAUGGUAGGGAAACGAAAAAUGUGAUGACAGUGUAGCGCCAUGGUACCUGAAAGAGGAUACCUCGUUAGAAAAGAUGAAAAGGGACUCAGGACUAGAAGAGGGCCGCAGUCGGAAAAUACACUGAACUGAUUUUUGGUUGUUCAGUAGGAGACCAUUUUCAUUCGAGCAUACUAGGAAAGGGUUAAGGCCAUCCUUUAGAGACUGGAGGUGUGUCCGAUUUUUGAGAGUGUGUCCAACAACCACAUCAUCAGCAUACUUAACCAAAAGACAUUGAUUAACUGUACUGGAGGUAGAAACAGUUGCAGCCGGGUUCCGUCCGUUGACGAGGACCCAGGGACCAAUAACGCUUUCCUCCAGGCUGUAGGCACGUCGCAGGAGAGCUUGACACAAUGCGUUGAUUCGGGUAUUCUUGCGACUAGCCGAGUUGACAGUAUACCAUUGACACACGAGCCCUUCACGGGGAACUCUUUGCGCCUGCCAUGAGAUCUGCUACCUUCCGAAGUUUUAGCCGGUCAAAAUAUGGUUCAACCUAUGACGAUUAAAUCGUUGCAUACUGGACCUGGGCACAGGUUACUUAACUGUUUUACACCAGUUUACUGUCUCUAAUCGUGUCAGAGUUAAGAUUGCGGGUCAUUUUCCACCCCAAUAAAUCAGCACGGUGAGAGGGGGAGGAGGACAAGCGACCCGCAUAUACCCCCAGAUUAUCCUAAGACGGUGAGACCUUUUGGCGUGUCCGGAAACUAUUUUGACACCAUUGCCUCCAUAUCAGUCUUAACCUGAAAACAAUACUCGUCAAGAUUGUCCAAUUGUAGCAGACCAACUCCGUUUAGACAGCGACAUAGACUUUUGCCGACCGACAUCUACAUGGAACUCACACUACUAAGCCUCUUUAAUAUUGUGCCCACAGGCUGCCAUCUACUUGGGGACGAGGGAGAGGUCAGGGAAACGCACUGGCAUGGAUUGCCCAAGUACUUAAUUAGAACAUUACGGAUUUACCGUGCUAGUCCCAAUUGUCCUUUCGGAUUGGUUGAGAGCAGAGUGCAAUGCCCUUUAGGGCACUUUCGCUGUGAGGACGGAUGGACCUCUCACAGAUGAGCAGUUUCAGUUAGUGCGCUCGGACUGCGGUUGAGGGAAACUGAACAUCCCCGAAAACCACCGGCUUCAUAUCAUACGCUUCAUCAACUUCCUCUGAAAACACCCCUGGGUGAACUGCAGCAGUCUGAACGGUGGAAUGUAGGCGGGUUACCUCAACCACCUGGAACUGUUUUCAUCCAGCCAUAAACGCAUAUACGCAGUAAGAAUCCUAUCCGUCAGCCUGACUGUUUCGGGAGUCAGACGGACAGGUCGGUAACUAGCAAAUAUCGGAGCCUUUGUUGGAUCUCUGUACUGAAUAAAUAUCAAUCAUGGAUUCUGACACAGUCCUACGAUACCAGGGGACCUUCUCCACUAUACACAGAAAUGAAAUGUUUGAUCAAAAAUCUACGUUUUUAUGAAGUGUCACUUCUCAGUUCCUUACAACCCAGAUUAUUAAGGAGGCCAACCUUGAGUGACGUCGAGCGAUAAGCAUAAUAUCUGUACCCUAAUAUCCACAGGUCUCAACCUAUGGUUCCAUUUUUCCCCUGAUGAUAAUGUUAGACAGAAUUGAUCUAAGUAGCUUCCGAUUUAUGUAACCGGCACCGCAUGUUUGUCUCAGAUGAUGUAACAUGCCCCAUUUUUUUCAUUGCGGCUUUUAAACUUACCCAGGCGAACUUAAAGCAACAAGGUGGUGUGGUCUUUCACUCAUCUGUCAUUUCAAGUACCGAAACAGUAUGACUGAAUUUUAACAGGACAGACGUUCUCCCUUGGAUGUCCCCUGACUCCGCUUCUAAGAAUUUGUCUACGUUAUUCUGGUCAGUUUUUUGCGCACUUCAAGUGAAAAAGCGCUAUUUUUGACAAAACUAAGAUUUACCAAUUUGGAAACUUAGACCGUAUUGCUAUCCCCAACCAUUAGUCUGUCGGUGAGUUUCUAUAGACCAAAGUUGACAUUUAUAAGGACGCACACAGACAGCAGACUACACCGAUAGCCAAUAACCAAAAUAAAAACAGCAAUAGAUCUUUUAGACAGAAUCGGUUAAAUAUAGUCCGUCACCAGUGCCGCCUACAUGCAAAGUGCCAAAAUAGCUGAAAUAUUUAUAUAUUUGGAAGCAUUUUAAUGAGUGAAGUAAGAAGGUGUCUGUUCAAGGCGGAAGCCGAAGUCUCACAGUCUACAUCUGUUUACCGAAGUGUACAGAGAGUGUUUUAAAACGGAUCACCUUUACGUGCCUUACUAUGUUGUUAUGGAUUAAAGACAAUUAAAGAAGAUGUACUUGUAUAUGAACGGCGUUGUUUUGCAGGCUUAACUGACAAUGUAAGGGACCUGCAAAAACCUACUCUAAAUUUAUUGCGUAAAGUUCCCAGUUUCGGUCGAAGCGUGAGCAUAAUUCAUGCGUUGAAAGUUGUUAUAAUUAAGCUUCCUUUCCAGUUGUUCAGAGGUCGUGCCCUUUUUAACUUUACGUACAUUGUUGGCAUAAGUUGAACCAAACAAGUAUGUUGUCGAUUAAGUUUCCACCACAGUUCGCAUCGGAAAUUACUGGAUCCUCAGAGCGCGUGAAAAAUGAGAUGGAAAAUCCCCAUCCAAAUUGCCUCGAGCUCCUUUCGGACCCGCCGACAAUAAAACUGCCAGAUAUCGUUAACAAAGCUGUGGUAAUGGGAGGGAGUAGUCAUCGCAUUUUCCCCACUCAAGACAGUAAAACAAACGGCAACUGACGGAGAGAUCGAGGAAGGGGUACGGAGACGGUAGUAUCAGCGGCUGGCCGUUGGUUCCCAGGAAGUUCAUCAUAAACUGCCGGUACUCGGGCUGAGCCUCAAAAAUGAGAUAAAUUUGAUUUAUUUGUUUGGACACUCGUGUGCCUCCACAACUUGUAGGUAGCAUGUGGACAUUUGUGAGAGCACUGUUCGUGCAGUAUAUCGGGAAUGGAAAUAAAAGGAUAGAACGUUUAACCGUCUGUGCGGCUGUUACAGAAGAGUUAUAAAGUGGAAAACAAAAAUUCUGUGAUUUAACAUAGUAAGACGUUCCAACACUAAAAAUGCACCCCAUCUAUUCCGAGUGGGCGUGUGUCUUGUCGGCGACCGCAAUGCCAGUAAUCUGAAUAGGAAAAGAAGUAAUUCAGAGAGAGUUAACUCCUUUCAAUUAACCAGAAUACUAGGUGAAGCCAAAGACCUGACAGCCUUCUGAGUGCAUCUGAAGCAAAUUAACCAGCAUAGCGAUACGGCUGAUAGUAUAGGCUAUGAGUCCUCGCUAUAAGAACAUAAACGUCCACAAGACACUUCACGCGUAUUUGUAAACUUACUCGAGAGGCUUCAUGACAAUGAACGCUCACAACUGUUCAUUCUGAUGUAUUCCAUUCCGAUGGGCUGAACUUGUAGCACAUGCUUCCUUGCUUUACGGUAUAUCGCUACCUCAUGAAAUGUUAGCCGGAACAUGGGAAUGUGUUUUCGCCUCGAAAAGCUAACUUAAGUAGGGCUGUAAUAUUAAUGAUCGUGAAGCAGAACUCCAAACUAUUUCAGUUACAUAAGGAUAUCUAUUGUUGAACGAGCUUACAUCUGGUCUUCUGCAAAGGGGCUACUUAAUAAGUUUGCACUUUUUCUAUUGAUUUCGAUGCCCCUAUGAAUUCAAACAUAAUGCGCAAAAUAUUCGUUCAAACACUCAUUUGGUAGCAAAUCACGUCUUCUUUGAAGCUUACAAUUUACGAAACGGUAUCCCUCUGUUUAGAAAUGUUUUCUUAUUUUCCAGUAACUUUGAACUCGACCUGUCGUUACACUUUCAAAUUACAAACUAAUUAUUUUCCGUGUAAGGAAAAUCAAACAUUUCUAUACACUUCUAAGAAGGUAUCACAUGGAGUUCAAAAAAUUUUGCAGUGAAUUUGAACCAUGCUGUAUACCUAACAAGCGAAAUUAAUUAAUGUAAAAAUACGAUGUUAUACGAAUGGGCAUUUCAUGGAAUUGAAAAUAUCAUAACAAGCGGCUUUUUCAAAACCGGAGGAUGUCUUUUCUUCAAGCAUAAACUUCAAAGAAGAUGUAAUUUCCUACCAAACGAGCAACAGUACGAAUAUUUUGCGCAUUUCUUCUACAAAACAUUUUUGGAUUAACGAGGGCAUCGAGGAGCGACGGCGAUGAUAUUCGGCUGGCUAAAUUCAAUGCGUCAAAAAUUAUCGCAAUGACAAAUGUUUGUCACUAUUCCUUCCCGUUAUGAACUGAUCUCUACUGAGUGGCUUCUUAUGAGAUGUAAAGGAAUACCUCUACUGGGUUUUCACUAAGGUGUUCCUGUUGUGGUUAGACUAUACAGGCAAGCCAGCAAGCACAAAUAAGAAGCAAUCUGCAUGCAAAUGCGUGUAUGGUGUGUUUCUCAACAGAAAACUCCGCCUCUACUUAUUGCUUCACUGGUUAUUAGCAAUGAGAAGUUAAGCACCAUUUUUUCGGGAAAAGUAACGAACCUGAUAAUAACGGACACCACCCUUUGAUGGAACAUAUAAUGUGACAAAUAGAUAAUAGCGAUGGUGUCAUUGCGGUUUUCAAGCCUUAGCUUUCCGCAGUUGCAGUUACAUUUGGCCUGCAGUUUAAAAAUACUUUUAAAACUCCCAAAUCAUCUGUUUCGGUUGGACACGCAAAUGGAAAUCCCCCCCAUAAUUUCGAUAGUCUUAUGCUAACUUCCAGGAAGAUAAAUGCUGGAAUUUUAGUUGGGGUUGAGGUUAGAGUUAAUGUUUGGGUUAGGGUUGAGGCCAAGGUUUGGGUUAAGGUCGGAGUUAGGGUAAUAUUUAGACCUAGGGUUAGGAUUUGGGUUAGGGUUACCGUUGGGGCUAGAACAUGGGAAUAACCAUCUUCUCCGGAAUCUGACGUAAGACUCCGUAUUUCGAGGAUUUCUUGCUUUAGUGUUUUACCACUCUUUUUCCCCUUGGUUAUUUUAAUUUUGUACUCACGUCAAAUUCUCUGUUGGUCAAUAAGUCUUUCAAUGAGCGCCGUAAUAACUGCGACAAAGUGGGCUACAGAAGAUAACCAGAACAUUAUCAUUUAUUUUCCAAUAUUGUUUUCUGAUGCCUAGACCUCUUAUGUCCGGUGGCUGUAUCCGUUACGGACAACGUGAUUGACGUUAUAUAAACAUGCAUGACAGUCGAGAUUGUGUAUCAUCUGAAUGCUGACUCGUCUGUUUAUGUGACUUAGGUAGGCGGGACGAAAAAUUUCAGUAAAAAGUCAACGGGACAUAACUUUGACUAAGAACUUGAGGUGGCUUACCCUAUUUAUCUGUGACUCUAGACUUGAGGAAUGCAGGCAAUGUUUCGGAACUUACUUCGGAAACUCCCCUCUCGUCUUUCUCUCUAGCCUUUUUCUAAGAAAUUACAGCUGACGAAACUGGUGUAAAAAGCCACACUUUGAGUAUAUAAAACUUAUUUUCCCUUUCUGCUGGCCCCCUAAACUUUCCAGUGAUGGCAUUUCACCGCCCACUGUAUUUUUCUCUGUAGCAUAGUGGGCCUGCUCCCACUAGAUCACAAACUCGUUUCGAGUCACCUCUGAGUUUAUUCCUCUCACAUAGACCCUGCUCCCAACGAUCAUCUGUCAGGUAGGCCGGCAGUCUCCAUAUAGCAUGUUCCAGAGCCACCAUCCGGCUUAUGCAGAGGGUAAGAACUUUUGUCGUGUGGAUUGCAGCACCCUCUGUUCUCUCGAAUGCUGUGGUUUGGUCGCAGGUAUCUAACAUGCGAUAAAUGGUGGCAGCCGGGCCGAGAUUCCGGGGGCAUAUGAGAGCGCGCGCGCGUUCUCUCAAACACCGGAGCGCGCGAUUCACCCUGAGAGGGGCGACUAUCUCACACGGCGUGACGUAUCAAAUAUCGAAAUAUCCGUCAUCUGGGACCUCGCGGUCAUGAGUUUGACGGCGACCCCGAUGCAGAUGCCCGUUUAGAGGACAAGAAAACAAUUAUCACAGUGCUCUAGGGGGAGUGGAGAGAAAGAAAACAAGAAAGCAUCCGCCUCCCGUUCGGAGUUGUUCGUGGAAAAUACAUGAACCACAACAGGCCUAUAAAAACGGGCAUAAGCAUUAUCUGCAACUAAGUCGUCUGCUCCAAAAUGACAACAGUCAUUGUUCCUGCGUCCACAAAACUGUCUGCGUACCAAUGCUUACAGGGAAGGGGUAUAGGUCAGAGGAAAGAUUUACAUACAAGACAAACCCUCCUGGACAAACGGAGAAGCAAGGAGAGGCUCCCUUUUCUCCUUGACCGUGAAACUUUUUUGAAUCAGCGAAUGACCACCUUUUUUAACCGACUUUACUAUGACGUUGAUAAAAUAUAUUAGGUUAUCUUCCAAAUUAAAGAUUUAUCCAAUCCAUCUGACCAAGUAGGGCGAAGCAAUGCGACGUCAAAUAUGCACUUUCAACGAGGAUAAUUAUUUUAGCUUUAUUUUCGAGACUUUGGAGAUUUCAUGUCCUGCUUUGGAGAUCACGUGUCUAUUAGUUCGAUGCACUGGUUUUGGGGACCAAAACAACAAUGGCUGCAUCCUGACCCCAAAUAUAAUUCUAAGCCUAACUCGAAAAACAAGAUGUAAUCGCUGUAGCAAGAGGUUUGUUGGCCCGAUGUUUCGAAUUCCCACUUGAGCCCAUCAUCAGAGACAGUGGCAGAUAAGAGUAACUGAGGCACAAAGAAUGCUUCUAUUGGCAAUGCAGCAUGUAUAGGCAGCAGUUGCCACGCGACCACCCGUCUAAUCUAAUUGGCAGUUACCGCAUUCAUUGCCGAUGUUCGUAAUUGAUGCACUGAUGGAUUGUUAAUUCACACCCAAGUGGUUAAUUGCCGAAAUGUGAUCACCGUUGCGGAUUCUUGGCGUGAUAAUGACUCAGGUAUUUGACUCGCUGUCACAUUAAAUUGUCGGUACUCCCUACCCACCCCGCAUGACCAAUUACUCUGCCCAGGCAAAGUCUGAGCACAGAAUAUGGGGCCGGGAGGUCAUUGUGCUUGAUUGACUGGGGGCUGGUGAAGCAUGACUUAAGCAACUCGUGGCUCACGCGGUUGUUUCUUCUUGCGAGCAUUUCGACCUCGUAAAUGCUGAAGGUAUGAUCGGGAGCCCUAGGGUGAGCCAAAUUGCCGAGUAACCACCACGCCAAGAGCCCACAGCAGUGACUGCCUCUCGGCCGUUGACGACUCGGAUGCGGGCUAACAAGCAAUCAUUGCACCCGUUGCGAUCCACAGCGCCGAAUGUUGGAGCUGCUAGUCAUACUCGAUAUGUGGUCGCGUGGCGACUGCGACCUAUAAAUACUGCACUGCUUGUGCCUCAGUCACUCUUAUCUGCGGCUGUCUCAGAUGAUGGGUUCGAGUGGAGACCCGAGACGUCGGGCCAACAAACGUCUUGUUCUAGCGAUAACAUCUUUUUCUGGAAUACCUCAUGGAACUCGCCCCUUCGCUUCCAUCGGCUAAACCUAAACAUAACGUUAAUCUUCACCAUGACCGUACGUCUGACCUUAUCUCUAGCCCUAAACUUAACCGUAAUCCUUAACUCAACCCUAACCUGAUUGUAAGGGAGUGGGUGUGGUAUAACCAGCUCAUACUAUUACGGCGUCUGCGCAAUUUGCGCGCGUAAAGUCACGAAACUCCACCAUUAACGAAAGCUUUUACACCUGGAGUUUAACUGCGGAUUCUACUUGAUACUUAGAGAAAAAGAGACCAUCGAAUGGUGGCCGGAUCGAUUUAACCUUUUGUGAACUAUAUGAACGUGUUAAUUUUGUGUUCCGAAGUACGCCGUUUGUGCAAGCAGAGGCCAUCAACUUAUCCCCACAGGCUUCCAUGCCAAAGGUGGUCUGUUUGUUUGGCUAUCGUGUGUUGCUCCUGGCGCUCAUUCUCUUCUAGAUGUAUGACAUUCCAUGUCAGUCCUCUUGCUACGCCACGGUAGCUAUCUGCGGGCGUAAGGCCUCUUCUCUCGGUUACGGCAGAGGCCCCAGGGAAGGCGCCUUGAACUCCGGCGACUACGGCCUCUGGCACAACCCUCCCACUGGCAGUGGUCAGAGUGUCUGGCCCUGGCGACCUCUAACCUCGUCCGGCACUGUGUUGGCGGGCGCGCGGACGGCAGAGAGAAGCCCCGGGCGCCAUGACCUUGAAAGUUCUCGCAUCCACCGCAUCGUGAGGGGGACUGGUAAUGAGGACAAGAUCAACUCCGCUGACGAUGGGGAGGAGGACGAGGAGGAGGAAGACAAGGACGAUCAGCUCACCGGAACGGUCGCCUGGCCUGAAGCGGUAGGCGGGUCAGCCACCCGCACCUCUCGCGGCCUGCCCUGGAUGCAGGCCGAUUCGACUGACUGCGCAUUUCUUCCGGCUGGCGGUUGCGACAACUGGGCCAAUGGCCUGUCCGCUGCACACAAUCUCUUCAGCGGAGAUUUUGAAGCCAUGUCCAGACGUACGUAGGGAGAUCUAAGCCAUUCUUUUUUUAUUUCUUCCUCCCCUUCAUCGAGGACGAGAUACUAGUCUGUUUUAUCCCGAGCACUCUAACGCACGGAAUGUGAUAACACUGUUUCUGAAUCCGUAGGCAUUUUGGUUCACUGGUGGGAAAACUACAUGAUUAAAACCUUCGGAAGUUAUUCAGUCGCGGUGUAGCAUCGCAGUUGGACAGAGUGUAAAAUGUUGUUGUUCGAUAGAUGUUGGUUACAGUUUACUGAAGUGUACUUUGGUCGAAUAUGCUAUUCACUUAUUCGACCAAAACUCCACAAAGGCAAAAGUAGCCGCUUUAAAUCGUCAAAAAGCCUAGUUCUUUAUUGGGUCCGGCAGGUGACCGAUGGCAAUACCCUGGCGGUGUUUCUUUACUACCUAUUGUUCAUCAACAAGGUGACUGCCUUCGGGCACCGUGGGCUACGGUCCAGAUCAAAACACUAGAUAAUAUCCCGCCCUAUCACCAUGCAAGCUCGGCGCACGUAAAUCGCAAGUGGAUAAUCCGCAUGUCAUGCUCUUAAUUUCAGAAAAUCCUGGCUGUUCCUCUAAAAACACCGAGGUUUGCAAAAAUAUGUUUCCUGAGAAUUUCGACAAGAAGAGCUGGAUCAGUGGAAACUUCACCGCUGGUAAGCCAGCUUGUUGCUCCAAUUUUCAGUUCUCCCAUUUUGCCUGUGUUGCAUCUGCUCCUUCUAACCUAUCUAGUCCGAUUACUAUGCACUGUAUUAUAGUACUGCAAGUCUCUUCCAAUCUAGCUACCCUUAUGCGCCGUCAUUUUCACCCUUUUAGCCGUUGUGAUCAGGGUAACGCAGACGUUUUGGUGGUUCGGAGUCAACAAUAACUUCCAGCCUUUCAUUCGUUUCCAAGUAAAAAGGACUCUCAAAACAGACAUUCAGCCCUACGACGAAAAGGUAAUACUCACCUAUGCCUGGCCAACCGACUGUGUGUGCCCCAAUGAGCUCACUGUGGGCAAACGUUACCUCCUGCUGACCCAUUCGAAGAUCUCACGUCAAAGUCUUACAAUAAGCACGAAGUCCGUGUUCCUUAACCGCGUCAAACGGUAUACAAAACGCCUACUAGUAAGUGCGCCCAUAGAACUGUUCGCAUCACUUCUCUAAAGCCGUGUUUUAGUGCCGUAUAGAGGCUUAUGCGCGGUGGUAUCUUACACUUUUCUUGUAACUAGCUUUGCCUUCUAGUGGUUUGGUUUGCAAAAAACAAUUUUCCAUGGCCAGGCAGAUGUGAAUUAGGUUCUUUAAACAAGACGUUCCAUAUUAAUGAUUUGUUAUACUUAUUUAUUCCGCACUACUCCAAACCUACAAUAAUAGUCGAAAACAGAGAAAGAACGCGUACUCCAUCUUUAAAAAGAGAAAUUUAUUGACCCGAAGUUUCGGAAUCUCAGCUGAAUGAAGUUGAGAGGCAAAAUGAGUACAGUUUCUGUAGGAUAUGGUAAAAAGCGUGGCCACUGGCAGACCAUGAACGAGUCACUGACUCCUACGUUUUUCUCGUGGAUGGUUGCAAGCAGAGGAACAACAGCUUGACUUAUCAAUUCCGAACCCUUAGUCGCCGCGCCAUCAUCGACGCGGACGGUAAUUUGUUAAUAAUGACCUGACAAUGGGCUUCUAGGUACUAUUCCACUGAGUAGUAUUCGCCCGCGCGGCUCCCAUAUACGUGAUUCCUCUGCCUAGGAGGAUUCUAAGCGUUUCAUAGGUUGGGGAAGACAUUAUGUUUAACGGUCAAUUCCAAACGGAAGAAUUCUGACCCAAAUAGCCUGGAACACGAGUAGUUGUUAUCUUGUGGGAGGAGGUUGGCCUCAUUGAAUUUGACAACGUUGCCAAUAGCGUCCAGUGAGCCAGAUCUUGCGAGCUUGUAUCGUUUCUCCGCCCAGUUGAUGCCUGUUCGCUCAUUCUCGUCCGUAGUAAGCCUCUUGUUUCUCUGAUAAAGUUCGCCUGUACGCAUCUGUCCGAAAACGACCGUAGGCGUUUGUUUCGGUGUCAACAUGUUUCUCCUAUUUGUCGGCAGUCGGAUUGGUGCUUCCAGUCAAUCGGUAUGCGGCGGCGGCGGCUGACAGUUCAUGAGAGGUUCUUAGCGUACGGUAGGAGUCGGAAUAAUCAGGGUCUUUUGUGGUUUACCACCCCAGUACUAUUUUGCACGCACAGCGUGCCCGAGUCGUGCGGGUCGACAUUCGCUAUGUAUACUCAUCCAAUGUGUCGGAGGUCGGCAACCUUGUCUUCCGUCCAAUUUCACUGUGCCCCUGAACGCCAAUGUACCGUUGCCACGCAAAUGCAUGUGCGGUUGAAUGGGUGAUAGCUGCUGAAGUUCAGUACCGCGUAGUGUUUGUCGUUUUCCGGAGUACUUUGACCUGUAAACCAACAUAAUGGCCAUAUACAGGGGUAUCAGGGAGAACAAUCUGACUGUUUACUUCAUCCAUCGUGAACUGCAGACCUUGCCCGAUGACUUUUAAAAGUUCUUCAAAUAUCAGCAUCCCACUCCGUUCGAUGACAAAGCUGUCGUCUACAUACCAAGUCCAGUAAUCAGUCUGUAUUGGAAGACCAGUGACCCUGAGCAUUGUAGGGCAACCUUAACUUAAAGUGCCAAAUGUCGACAAGUUUAUGCGAGUGAGAACUGAGGAGGCAGCUUCAAGGCAACAAAGUGUAUUCUCGCAGUUCAUGUCUACCAUACACAGCUACGCCAUAAAGAUUCAAGACCGACUAAGGUCCUCUAAGCAUUCUGGCUUGGCGUGAUUUUCCUAACUUCAGGCCACUGGAAGAAGCAACGGAGAUAAGGCACUUUUGUUGAAUAUAUCAUGGCGUGACGUCUGCCUUUAUGGAGUAGAUGACAUCGAAAUAAAGGUUAUGACGCAUGCCUUCUUCACAUCCUGGCAAGAGCAGCACACAACAUUAAUCUAUUGACACUGGCAUGUUGGUUAACGCACACUCAACUAUGGCGCAUCCUGUUUAGGCCUUAUGUGAUUUUAUUAUUCUGGUGUUGAUGUGCUGUAAAACUAUGGUGACGAACCAGACUUCCCUUACGCAUAAGAGGUCGUUUAGAGAGUUAAAGGCCAAUGGCGGCUUGUGACAGACUACUUGCUCGUGUCUUCUAUCUGCAUGCUUCCGCUCAGCUUCCAAGCAUCCCUGCUCUGCCACUCCCCAUUUUUCAUGUUGCCACUUGCUUAUGUUUCAAAUUUCAGCCAAUCAUUGUGGCACACCAGUGA